AUGGAGCGUGCCUACUGCUUCCUGGGGUGUCUGCUGCUGGCCGCAGGGGGGCCCCUGGACGCCGCCAAACGAUUUCAUGAUGUGCUGGGCAAUGAAAGAACUUCUGCUCAUAUGAGGGAGCACAACCAAUUAAAUGGUUGGUCUUCAGAUGAAAAUGAUUGGAAUGAAAGACUCUAUCCGGUGUGGAAAAGAGGAGACCCGAGGUGGAAAAAAUCCUGGAGAGGAGGCCAGGUGAAGGCGGUUCUGACCAGUGACUCCCCAGCCCUGGUGGGCUCAAAUAUAACGUUUGUGGUGAACCUGGUGUUCCCCCGAUGCCAAAAGGAAGACACCGAUGGCAGCAUCGUCUAUGAGAAGAACUGCACAGACGGAGCAGGCCCCUCUGCUGACCCAUACGUUUACAACUGGACUGAGUGGGCCGAGGACGCCGACUGGGGCAAUGGCAGCAGCCAAAGCUACGGCGUGUUCCCCGACGGCAGGCCGUUCCCACACCACCACCGCCGCCACCGCCACCACCAUGGGGGGACCAAGUGCGGCUUCGUCUACGUGUUCCACACGCUCGGUCAGUAUUACCAGAAAUUGGGACGGUCCUCAGCCAGUAUUUCUAUCAACACAACCAACGUGACACUUGGCCCGCAAGUCAUGGAAGUAGCUGUCUACAGAAGAGACGGAAGAGAUGGAAGGACAUAUGCUCCCGUCGCAGAAGCGAAAGAUGUGUACCUGGUGACAGAUCAGAUUCUUGUGUUUGUGAAUAUGUCCCAGAAGAAUGAUCGAAACACCUCUGACGAAACCUUCCUCAGGGACAUUCCCAUUCUGUUCAAUGUCCUGAUCCAUGACCCCAGCCACUUCCUGAGCGGGUCUGUCAUUAGCUACCGGUGGAACUUCGGGGAUAAUACUGGUCUGUACAUUUCCAACCAUCGCACUUUGAACCACACGUACGUGUUCAACGGGACUUUCAGCGUGAACCUCACUGUGCAGGCGGCAGUGCCUGGACCUUGCCCGUCACCAACCCCCAGGCCUCCAAAACCCACCCCUUCUCUGUCCCCCGCGGGGGACGGCCUGCCGGAGCUGAGGGCGGCUCCGGACCAAGACUGCCAGGUGGACAGAUACGGCCACUUCAGAGCCAUCCUCACAAUCGUCGAGGGCGUCCUAGAGGCGAGCAUCGUGGACGUGACAGAAGUCCUGCCGCCCCUGCCGCCGCCCGAGGACCCCCUGGUGGACUUCCUGGUGACCUGCGAGGGGACCAUGCCCACCGAGGUCUGCACGGUGGUGUCUGACCCCUCCUGCCAGCUCGCCCAGAACACAGUCUGCAGCCCCGUGGGGACGGCCGGGGGCGCCGCGUGCUUGCUGACCGUGCGGCGGGCCCUCAGCGGCCCUGGGACCUUCUGCGUGAACCUCACUCUGGGCGACAAUGCGAGCCUGGCCCUUGCCAGCACCCUCGUCUCCGUCCGGGGCAGGCGCCCCGGCUCCCCGGCGAGGAUGGCAGGCGGUGCCCUGGCCGCCGCCGGCUGCUUGGCCGCCUUCGUCGCCGCCAUCGCCCUCCUGGUGCACAAAAAACAUAAGGAAUACAAACCGAUAGACAACAGUGCUGGGGUCCCAGGCAGAGGCCUGAAUGUCUUCCUGGAGCAUGCCAAGGUCAAGUUCUUCCCGGGCAGCCGGGAGAAAGACCCCCUGCUCAAGAGCCAGCCGGGAUUCCUUAAAGCCUCAGCCUGA